GAUUUGACCCGAAUUGUGAGUGGCAUGGAAAAGAAAGAGAUAAUAAACAGAGGUUUUGUUUACAUUUCUGUAGGAAGAGUUUCUGGUCACUGGGUGUGUUGCUGGGUAGUCCUUCAUCGUUCUCUCUUGAUGAAGAAGAUUCAAUCAUCAUAUCUGUAGAUGGAUUCACAGGGGUCAUAAAAUUGCCAACAAUUAGGGCUACUUGCUUGUUGUUGUUUAGCAACUUCAGAAUUUUGUAAGCAACUCUGGGCUGAGUUUUAGCUCUGCAUAUAGCAUCUUAAGAUUUUGAACAGGUGCAGAUUAGAAGCCUCAGAGCACUAUAACUUCUUAAUACACAUGGCUUGUCACGUGGGAUCUUGGAUUCUGAAGUGGAGAUUAUCAAUUACAGAGAAUGAAAGCUCCGAAAAAUCAUGUCUAUCCCUUGCAACUUCCAGAAUCCACAGUUGUGUUUGUGAAAAUAUUAACAGGCCAACUCUAAAAGUUGGCAUGAAGUCUUCAUCUUUUGCUCAGAACUGUUUCCUGGGAAGAAGAGCUGAGUGGAAAAUAGCUUUUGCCUUGAACACAGGUGGAGUAUCUGGAAAUGGUGACCAACAAAGCUUCAACGAAGGCGGUUCCAAUCUUGGUGGUACUCGAUUGGGUAGGAUACUGUCUGCAGGUGGCAAACAACUUCUAGAAAAGCUGAACUCAACUAGAAAGAACUUACCCUUGAAAAUAUUCCUACUACUUUUGGGUUUCUACACGGCUAAUGCACUAGCUACAAUCCUUGGGCAAACUGGUGAUUGGGAUGUUCUGGUUGCUGGUGUUGUGGUGGCUGCAAUUGAGGGAAUUGGCAUGCUAAUAUAUAGAAUGCCUGCCACUGCAAGGCCCGGGAGAUUGCAGUCUUUUCUAGUGAUGGUCAACUUUUGGAAAGCUGGCAUAUGUUUGGGUCUCUUUGUAGACGCUUUUAAGUUAGGCAGCUAAAAACCCACAACACUUUUCUUUUCAGUUUAUUGUUGUAUAUCACAAGACUCUGGUAAGUCAAUUUUCACAGCACUUCUAGUUCUUCAAUAGUCAUCUAAUUGUAGCAUGUGAAUAAUAUAUAUGACGAUUGCUUAAUGAGUUUUUUUCACAGUGCGCCCUUUUGCAUGUGCUGUUUUUG